CCCAACAACCCCCUCUGCCCCGGGGCCACCCGGGCCAACGGAGAGUUGAAUCCCCAAUACGAGGGCACUUUUGUCUUCCCAAAUGACUUCCCUGCGCUGCAGCCUGAUGCUCCUGAGCCUGGUAACAGCGAUCACCCCUUGUUUCAAGCUGCAGCAGCCCGGGGGGUGUGCAAAGUGAUGUGCUUCCACCCCUGGUCAGACCUGACGCUGCCCCUCAUGUCCCUGUCAGAGAUCCGGGCUGUCGUCGACACGUGGGCAGAGCUGGCAGCCGAGCUGGGUGCCUCCUACCCCUGGGUACAGAUCUUCGAGAACAAAGGAGCGAUGAUGGGCUGCUCCAACCCACACCCUCACUGCCAGGUGUGGGCCAGCAGCUUCCUCCCGAAUGAGGCACGCCUGGAGGACCGGACCCAGCGGCAGUACCUGAGCCAGCACAGCGUGCCCAUGCUGCUGGAGUACGCCGAGCAGGAGGCUCGACGAAAGGUGGGGGCAUGGCUGUUGUCUGUAUAUCCUCCCUGCGAGCUUCUCCUCCCCCGCCGUCACGUGUGGCGCCUCCAGGACCUCCAUGAGGGUGAAAGGGACAGCCUGGCCUCCAUCAUGCAGAGGCUGCUCACCAAGUACGACAACCUCUUCGAAGUCUCCUUUUGCGGGCACUGGCAGCUCCAUGCCCACUACUACCCACCGCUGCUCCGCUCCGCCACCGUCCGCAAGUUCAUGGUAGGCUACGAGAUGCUGGCGCAGGCGCAGCGGGACCUUACCCCGGAGCAGGUGACGGAGCGCCUGAGGAGCCUCCCCGAGGUGCACUACAAGCAGAGGGACAAGGAGUUGUCGUAA